GCUAUUUCACGUGGCCACGUUGAUGUGGUGGAGUGGAUUUAUGAGGUCAAAGGUGACCGCUGCAUAGUAGUGCUAUCGAAAUGUGUAGCUAAAGCGGCUGAAAAUGGUCACCUCGACAUGCUAAAUAGGUUGGGAUUGGAAGGCCUGUUAGACAUGAUGACAAUAUCAAUUGACGGUGCAGCACGAAAUGGGCAUCUUGAGGUUAUGCAGUGGUGUAUCGAGAGUGAUUUAGGAGAGUGCUCAUCGUAUACUUUGGAUUUGGCAGUGCGGCACCUGAAUGUAGUGCAAUGGCUGCGUGAGCACUAUUCCGACAAGUUGUCACCUUUUGUGAUGGACGAAGCCGCCACCCAAGGUCAUCUCGAAAUUGUACAAUGGUUGCAUGAAAACCGAACGGAAGGAUGUACGACUACAACGAUGGACCAAGCGGCUUUUCAGUCGUCGUCGUCGUCUUACUUGUUGGGGGCGUGCCGAACCCGGCACAAAAGUUGA